GAAUACCAUGGCCUAUUUAACACGGCUACAGGCAUAGACACGACAGCUAUCGGUUUUUUCAUCGGGUUCAAUACUAUACCGGUAGUGUCCUUUACAAAACGAUUUCCCAUGUACCGUUAGUUCGUCACCUCAGCACUCGGCUACUAGCACACAAACAGUGAAGAUGUUACCGUGGAACUGGAGCGAGCCCAGAGGACGGGGAAGGCGGGUGGUUAGCCCACAGUCGUCAUGCUCCACCCCGGACAGUAGCGGGUCGGAGGCUGAGGGUUCAUCCCCACCCCUCAUCGGACGACACCGCAGGGGCCGACCCAGAGCCGAUCAUCUCCUAUCUCUACAAGUCCAGGGGUCAUCAUCCACCAACACCAUACAGUGUUACAUCUGUAACCGAGUGUUCCCCAGGGAGAAGUCUUUACAGGCUCACAUGAGAACACAUACAGGUGAGAGGCCAUACAGAUGUGAUUUCCCCAACUGUACAAAGGCCUUCUGUCAGAGUGGUCAGCUUAAAACUCACCAGAGGCUUCAUACUGGGGAAAAGCCAUUUGUUUGCUCAAUCAGCGGUUGUUCUAGUCGCUUCACACACGCUAACAGACGAUGUACACUCCAUCCUCUCGCCCCGCUACACCGAGUCAAGACGCCUGUCGUUGACUUACCCUUAUUAUCUCCCCCUGAACAGUGUGACAAAGUGAUGCAGUGGCUGGCCAGGCAUGCUGCCCAGAAGCAGGAGACGACCCCAUCCAAAGCCCGAGCCGACAAGUGUAAGAGAGAACUGGACGAGGGGGCCAGCUGCCAGCAUGUAGAGGCGCGCAAACGAGCCAGGGAUCUCUCUAAGCACGACAGACUCACAGAUAGGCGAAUCAGAGUGAAUGGAUGUAGACAGUGGGUCCUUGAACAAAGACACUGGGUCGGUGAACAACCAACCUGUAUCCCAGAACAAAGUGAUGAGGCUCGUGAGCAAAGAGAUAAGCUUAUCUCAGCAAUGGCUCUCAUAGAGCUGGCCCGAGGAGUGAUGUAAUUUUUCUGACAACUAUGAAAGGUGCUGAAUUUUAAGUUAUGCUGAAUCUUUUGCCUAUUACUACAUACAUUCUCAUUGUCUAUCAUUCAACAAUUCCAGAUAAUUUUUGUCGUUUUACAUAUUUGUACUCAUCUCGCUGAUUUAUGGAAUCAGCCCGACUUUGUGAGGGUUCACGUUUGAGGUGUGUAGUGGGUGAUCGUUGUGUCAACAGUCUUCUGUGUUAUUUGUAAAUACAUGAAUAACAAUGAGAAGUUACAAGGGGGCUAUAUAAAAGACAUGUCCACGUUUAUAACAUUCCAGAAAUGUAUGAUUAUUGUUUUUCACUUAAACUCAUUUCAUGCAUUCAUUAGCUUUAAAAGUUAAUAAACAAAUAUUUGUACCCAUAGCAUUUCAAAUUAAGAAAAUUUCAUAUUUCACAUAGGGUUUUCUUUUUCGCAUAUGCAUGUUUCAGUGUAAAAAACGUUCCUUCAAUAUCAUUCACACAAUUUGCACUUUGUCCAUUACCUGUACAGACUGCACAAACAUACAUUAUGAUUUAUGGGCAAAUUCUUCCCUGCUGACAAACGAUUCACUUUCGUGUACUCAGUACAACACCAACAUACGUCUGACAAUUAUUUCAGUUGUUCAACAUGUUUUGCUAAGAUGGAGGAGUUUUUCAUAGCUUACGUCAGUUGCUCGCUCAGUCAGUUUCAUGUAUCAUUUUUAGUUUUGUUUCUUUUUUGUUUUUACUCCAUCAUGCAUAGUUUUCAUAAGCCAUUUCUGAGCCAGUUAUCUGUCGUCACUCCCAUGUACAGGUAGAGGUAGAGGCCUGAAUUUUUGCAGUCCCAUCAUGUUAGAUCAAAUAUUUGUGUUAAAAUUAUUUACAGGAACAAGUGCAACUGAAUCCAUGAAUCUGACACCACUGCCUGCUUGUUUUAGAUUAUCAUCAUCCAUUUGUUUACACAUUUUGUACAUUUUUUUUUAAAUAUUGAAACAAGUGCUUUACAACAAUAUACUUUAUGCUAACAAUGAUUGUUUACAGCUAUGUACCAUUUUACCCCUUCAGUGCAGCUAUGCAAGACAAAGUAAUUUAUUUUUGUAAAUACUUACUUAGUAUUCAG